UUGAGUCUGAUGGCAAUCCUUUAGAACUAGUAUUGUUGUUUUUCUAAAUUUUUAUGUUAUAUUGGUAGUAUUUGGUAGGUAUAAUAAUAGAAUCCUCCUUGGUAUUGAAAAAAUACUAAAAUUAUCAUCAAUUUGGCACAUUAUACCCAAAAUAUAAAAUAAUUUAUUUGUACUAAUACCAAACAGAUACAGAAGUAAACGGAAGCUUAAUGAUGGAUUUAAUGAUUGAAGAAAGUACUACUGAGAAAGUGCCGAAAUUAUUGGAAAAUAUAAUUAAAAGUAUUCUAGAAAGGAAAAAAUCUAAACCAAUUGAGAAAAUAGACAUUUUGUGUGGAUUAUUAACAGCAAUGUUGAUUGAGAAUAAUUUAAUUCAUUUAAACGAUAGUGGCGGUACUAAAGACAAUAUUCCUCCUGAAAAUUAUCAUUGUGAACUGUUUUUUAAAUCUGCAGAUGGUCCAAAUGAAACUUGCUUUGCUAUGCGUGGUUUUCAAAAUAUACCCAUUACAGUUGUUAUGACACCUUUAGGGGACACAGCCAUUAUAAAUGCUAUCCUCAAAAGCUUAAAAAUGGAGACCCAUUCUACAUGUUUACGUAUCACUCAAUAUGUUGUAUCAAGUACUGUAGAAAAUGUUCCAUGUAUGUUUCGUGACUUAAAAAAUUUUGCUCAUACUGUUAAGAAUAAUAUUAUAUCUCCCGUAAAGAGCAGCAUUCUUAAAUAUUAUGGUUACCCUAGUGCAAGCUUAGUGGGAAUACCAGAAGAAAUUUUAUGGAAGAUAUUGUUGAAUUUACCAGUUGAGGACAUUUUAAGUCUCUGCAAAACGUGUAAUGCACUAAAAACAAUGAUAGAUGACAAUUGUUUAUGGCAUGAAUUGUAUAAAAGAGACUAUAAAAAAGAUCCACAGCUAGGAAAUAAAGAUUGGAAGAAACAGUAUGUAGAAAAAUAUAUUUAUGAAUGUAAUCAUAGAGCACAGGUUGUGCGUCAAAUGUCAGAAACUGUUAACGAUUAUAGGGACUAUCCCCAUGUUCUUGGAUAUGUAAAUAAUCCCUUGUGGGAUACAAUAUAAAUUAAUAGAAUGAUGCUAGAUUAUUACAUCAGUUCAACAAUAAAUCUUCUAAAUGGAAAUAAAUACAACAAAAUGCUUUUUUUUUAUUUCU